ACUACAGCUAGCGAAGCAACAUUAGUAAGCUUACUGGCAGCACGAACAAGAGCUUUGAUGGAGCUUUCAAAGCUCAAUCCUGAUGUGCAGUCAUCUGAACUACUUGGACAUCUGAUUUGCUACUGUUCAGAUCAAGCUCAUUCAUCGGUUGAGAAGGCUGGUUUGAUCGGUUUGGUAAGGAUGCGGUACAUCGAAUCUGAUGAAAACCAAAGUAUGCGUGGAGACAAGUUGGAGGAAGCCAUUCUCAAUGAUAAGACCAAAGGACUUGUGCCGUUUUGGGUAUGUGCAACAUUGGGUACAACCGGAUCUGUAGCUUUUGACAAUCUGCGUGAGAUCGGACGGGUCUGCGAAAAACACACUGCGUGGUUACACGUGGACGCUGCGUAUGCAGGCAGCGCAUUUGUUUGUCCUGAAUAUAGGCAUUGGCUUGAUGGUGUGGAGCUAGCCGACUCCUUUGCUUUCAAUCCUUCGAAAUGGCUGAUGGUGAAUUUCGAUUGCACUGCUAUGUGGGUAAAAGAUAGCACAGCUCUUCACAAGACGUUUAACGUGAACCCUAUUUACUUACGCCACGAAAAUUCUGGAAAAGCGAUAGAUUAUAUGCACUGGCAGAUUCCACUAAGUCGACGUUUUAGAGCCUUGAAGCUUUGGUUUGUGUUGAGAAAUUUUGGCGUUGUUGGACUACAAAAGCAUAUUCGUGAGAGUGUACGGCUAGCACAAAAGUUUGAAGCUCUCGUACUAGCCGACCAACGUUUUGAGAUGCCGCAACCAAGGAACUUGGGAAUGGUCGUAUUCCGACUUAAAGGCGAUAAUACUCUGACUGAGUGCUUGCUAAAACGUUUAAAUGCUCGCGGCUACAUUCACGCUGUUCCUGCUUGCUUCAAGGGUGUCUACGUCAUACGUUUUACGGUGACUUCGCAAAGGACCACGAAUCAGGAUAUUCUAGAUGACUGGAACGAAAUUAAGACGGUGGCUGCUGAAAUUUUGACCGAAAUGUUUGGAUCUGAAUACGGAAAUAUUGUUGUACCAAAGAAGCCACGGGUCACCCUAAAAGAAACUAGGGAGCUUAACGCCACUUUUGGAACAAGUCUUCUGCUAGCCAACAGUCCAAUGAGUCCAAAAAUCGUCAACGGAACUCACGUCGCCAUAUGUGACUAUGAACAAGUUCUUAAUUCCUGUGCGCAAACUUUCGCUCAGUUAAAAAUGGAACCUAAAGAUAGUCCCGAGAUGCGUCGACGUAUUCGCGGUAUCAAAAUGUGCGGUAAGAAAUUCUCGUUGGAUUCCUGUAUGGAUAUGGUGCAGGGCCUCAUGAUGGAGCAAUCGCUUCCUCAAUGUUCUGAAGAAGAAAGAGAAGAGAUUUCUGCUGGAUCAAGCCCCUGCGAAAAAUCAUCUAAGUCAUCGUCGCCAGUGACAUCUAGCGGUACAAAGCAUGAUAUAUUUCCAGAUUCAACUCAACUUCAAGUACCAGUUGUAACUAGACCACAUAGAUCUAAAUCCAUGGACGUUUCUCUCAUGGGUUUAAACCUUGAAGAUGCUAAAAUAACUAUAGAUAUGAAAAGUAAUGAAAUUACUAUAACUCCAACCGGCUCCAAAAACUUUAUUGACGAUUACAAAGACAUAUCUGAGAAAUCGGUACAUUUUAAUGCGAUUGAAGAAAAGCUUAACAUUGGUGAUAAAAUUAACCAAGCAUUUGAAAAUUUUCAAGAUGGACUUAAUACGUUCAGCGAGUUUCGACAAAAAGAUAUGAACGAUACACAUGAAGUAAGCGGAAACAACGCCUGCGGCUCUAAAUUAACCAUAAGAGGCCCCGGUAAUUACAUAAAGAAAAUAAUUCAACAAUUUAGUGAAGGCCCCUUUGAAAUUGAAGACCCUAAACCAGAGUCCGAAAAAGCGAUAUCAGCCCAUUCAAUCAGAGAUAGGGCUGACGCAAUUUGUAAGAAAUGCUUACAUUAUAAAGGGAAAAUUGGGAAAUAA